AUGCUUGUCUACCUGCGGGAUAAAAUCAAGAAACGAAUUCGAAGCUUUAAGCUUGCUAGGAGAAAAUUGUGGGACACUUCUGAUGAAGCAUAUGUAAAACAUUAUAAAGAAGAACCUGCGGAAGAUAUUGGCAUGCGUGGAUAUCAGAACCAGUCGCUCAUAGACCUAUCUACUUUGACGGGUUGGCUAUUAGACCUUGGCUGCGUCGAAGAAUUUAUCGACACAUACAUUGAACCUCAACGACUCCAUCUGGCAAGCGCACCUGCAUCAGUUCGCUUCUUGGACAUGUGGUUUCUAUUUCCCAUCGGCGCUCUUGUCUAUGUUCGCGACAACAACACUCCACAGAAGAUCUGGAGGGUUGUUCAGACUGCAGGCGGCCGCAAGUGGAUGUCAAAAGCACCCCUAGUCUCAGAGGGCUCCAAUGAAAAUGCCUUUUCGGAUUUUGUUUUGGAUUGUUACUACCUUGAUUAUUCUGGCCGCGAAUAUGUGCCUGUUUACGCUAGGUUCAGCAUCACAAACUUCGCAGGAAUCCAGUCUACAGCUACCCUACCAGUGAUUCCGUUUACUACGGCAUUGGAUCUUGGAUAUGUUAUCAAAGAGGAGUGGUUGGCACGCGCGGCAAAAUUUCAAGAAUUGACACAGGUCAGCCAUCGACAUUAUAGCGGAAGAAAAAACGUCUCUAUAUACUCGGAAAGAAUCGAUAGUGAAAUCAUAGUGGACUUUCAGAGGGCCAUUCAAGAAGUAUCGUCGUGGAAUCCAACAGCGGGCACCUCGCUCCAGCCGCACAUUGAUGACAAUCAUGAGAGGCCCAGCGACACGGACCCUGACAGCCAGUGGAGUCGAAAAUUCACUCAAGAUUUCAUCGCUACUGAGACCUUGAAGUGGGAUCAAUGGGCGAAAAAAGGCAGCGGACCAACCGACGAAGAGGACCUAUUUCUACUGCCAGAUAGAAUUUUUGCAUUUGUGCUCAAAACUCGAACUUGGGCCUGUCUGCAUUUGGGAAAGAAUGCGUUUGGUGAAGAACAACUGACGGAAAUCAUACCUCAGAAUCAUCCUUGGGACAAUCUCGAGCUUCCUUUGGGCCAUAAGGAAAUUGUGCAGUCUCUUAUUGAAUCCCAUUUCUCCAACAAUGUGGGCAAACAAAUGCACUUCGACUUGGUGAAAGGCAAAGGAAAAGGAGUCAUUAUUCUGCUUCAUGGUGUGCCAGGAGUCGGCAAGACCUCAACUGCAGAAUGUGCCGCCGAGAGUAAUGGGAGACCAUUGUUACCCAUCAUCUGUGGUGAUCUUGGCUUAACUCCAAGCGAGGUAGAGGUUAAAUUACAGCAUAUAUUUAGGCUAGCCCAGGCAUGGGGCUGCGUGAUGCUCCUCGAUGAGGCAGAUGUCUUUUUAGCCCAGAGAACUGCGACUGAUACAGAACGAAAUGCCCUAGUGUCUGUGUUUCUGAGAACACUUGAGUAUUAUGAAGGCAUUCUCUUCCUUACUACAAACCGUGUGGGUGUGUUUGAUGAAGCCUUUAAAUCUCGAAUCCACAUUUCGUUAUAUUACCCACCACUUCAACAAGAUCAAACGCUCAAAAUUUGGAACUCGCAUAUCCAAAAGGCAACUCAAGAUCCGCGCAUCAAAAUUGACAGUGAACAACUCAUUCUCUGUGCCAACGACAUCUUUGAGCGCCAACUCGAUCCGCAGUUCGGCCCAGUUUAG